AUUUCCAGACAGGAGAGGAGAAGAGGCGUCAAUCUGCAGUCAGCCUGCGACAUGAUGGCUUCCUGUCAGGAGUUUGAGGUGACGGUCUACACCUCACCUGGACCCACCUGUGGAACUUUCAACUGCCUGUGGCUCAGCCUGAUUGGCUCUGAGGGGGAGACUCCGCCCAUCAGCAUCAAUGAUCAUCUGCUGCCGGGAUCAAUGUGUCCGGCUCGAGUUCAGGCCAACAGUCCACUGGGUCGCCUGGUUCUGGUCCGGCUCCGGCUGGAGGCUCGGACCGGAUUUCCCAACCUGGACUGGCACUGCAGCCGAGUGGAGGUCCACAGGUUGGCAGACAGAGGGACCGAGGAGGGAGGGCGGGUUGCAGCGGGGUCUGAGAGAGAUCCAGACGUUCAGGUGUUCCUGUGCGACCAAUGGCUGCGACCAGCAGACGGCGACGUGGAGCUGCGGAGUGGGAAAUUGUGUUUGCUGAAGGACGAGACGGAGGAGAAGCUGAAGCAGCAGCGGCUCAGACUGCUGCAGCACCAACAGAAGCUCUUCGGAUGGCGUGAGUUCGUUAAUGGCGCUCCACAGUGUGUCGACCUGAAGAGUUUGUCUGAACUUGGGCCAAACCUCAGCUACACACACAAGAGCCCAGCCAUUAACCUGCACUAUCUGAAGGGCUUUGUCAGCCGAGUGCAGGCCUGGACGAGUUUCACAGAGUUGGAGACGGUUUUCGCCCACAGCGGACACCAGAACAUCACCGCCAGGUUUAUUAAGGCUCACUGGACAGAGGACUGGUAUUUUGGCUACCAGUGUCUGAACGGCUGCAACCCCCUGCUGGUACGUCAGACCCGCCUCCUUCCUCCGAACCUAUCAGUCACCUCUGACAUGCUCCGCCCCUUCCUGUCUGGAGGUUCCUCCCUCGAGCAGGAGCUAGAGCGAGGGAACAUUUACCUGCUGGACUACGAGGUUUUGGACAGCGUCCCAGCCAACGUGAUAAACGAGAAGCAGACGUACCUGUCCGCUCCGCUGUGCCUUCUCCACCUGAACCAGCAGAGACAGCUGGUCCCCAUCGCCAUCCAGUUGCAGCAGACACCCGGCCCUCACAACCCGGUCUUCCUGCCCUCUGACCCUGGCUGUGAUUGGCUGCUGGCUAAGAUUUGGGUUCACAGCGCAGACUUCCAGUGUCACCAGUUGGUCUCCCACUACCUGAGGACUCACAUGCUGGGAGAGCUGUGCUGCGUGGCCACACUGCGCCAGUUGCCGGGGCUGCACCCACUGCACCAGCUGCUGAUGCCACACGUCAGGACGUCACUACAGAUCAACUUUCAGGCCCGAGCGACGCUGCUGGCAGCUGAUGGGGUGUUUGAUAAGGCGGCUGGUUCUGGUCUGGAGGCGUUACCUGUCCUCCUCUCCCGGGCGUCAAAGAGGAUUCAUUAUCGGUCUCUGUGUGUCCCUGAGGACCUGAUGGACCGCGGUGUGGACAAACUCCCACACAGCUACUACGCCCAGGACGCACUUAGAGUCUGGGAUGCACUGCACAGGUUUGUGGUCAGCUGGGUCGAUCUGUAUUACAGUGCAGACGAUGAGGUGCAGCAGGACUCUGAGCUUCAACACUGGAUCACUGACAUCAACACACAUGGCUUCAGCCAGCACUCAGGUUUCCCUCCAUCUUUUAACACCAAAGCAGAAGUGUCCAAGUUUGUCACCAUGAUAAUUUUCUCCUGUUCAGCUCUACACGCUGCCGUUAACUUCUCCCAGUUGGAUUUCGCUCUCUGGAUGCCGAACUGUCCCGCCUCCAUGUUGCGUCCUCCUCCGCAGGUCAAAGGCUCGGUGAAGGAGGACGACAUCAUCUCCUUCCUGCCUGAUGUGAACACAACCUGUCGCAUCCUGAUGGCGCUGACUAUGCUCUCGCAGCCCUCCGUCAACUUUCUUCCUCUGUGUCACUACAAGGAAGCCAUUUUCAGAGAUGGCGCCCACCGCAGGCUGGUUGAGGCGGUGCAGGCUGAGCUCAAGGCCAUUUCUGAUGAAAUCACAGAGCGCAACAGCCAGCUGGAGCUGCCGUAUCCUUACCUCUGUCCUGGACGCAUCGAGAACAGCGUGGCCAUUUAAAGCUGCGUCUUCAGCGUCAUCCAACAACAGAGAUGAUUAUUAUGAAUGAAAUGUGAACAGCUGGAUGUGAUGUUUGAUUAUAUCCCGGAUUAAUAAGAUUAAAUCAUUUUCUCCAUCAUGUCAGCUUUUUUAUUUUUUGGUUUUGAUUACAAAAAUUGAUCAAUUUUACUUCUUUGGAUUUGAACUGCUGUUCAAAAGUUACUGAUCAGCUGUUAAAAUGUUGUUUUAUUCUUUCCUUCAGUUAUAUACAUAAACCGUGAGAGGAAUAAAUUCUCUCAAAAACUGAAGUUUAUUUCCGACAUACAAGAUAUUGUCUCCUACCUUUGGCAUAUUAUCUCCUACAGUGGCCUGCAAAAGUUUGGGCACCCCUGGUCAAAACUUUGUCUACUGUGAGUAGUUAACUAAGCAGAAGAUGAACUGAUGUCCAAACGGCAAAAAGUUAAAGAUGAAACAUUUCCUCAGUAUUUUAAGCAACAUCACUUUUUAAUUUCAAUCUUUUCCCGUUUCAAAAAAAAAAAAAAAUACAAAAAUGGCCUGAAGUUAAAGUUUGGGCACCCUGCAUGGUCAGUGCUCACUAGCGCCCCCUUUGGCAAGUAUCACAGCUUCCAUACGCUUUUUGUAUCCAGCUCAGUCUUUCAGUUCUUGUUUGGAGGAUUUUCACCCAUUCUUCCUGCAAAAGUCCUUUAGCUCUGUGAGAUUCUUGGACCUUUGCAAAGUUGUGACGCUGAAUGUUGUGAGGACACAGGAAAGGUUUUCUUCUGAUGACUCUUCCAUGAAGCUCAUAUUUGUCCAGGUGUGUCUGCACAGUAGAACAGUGCACCACCACUCCAGAGUCUGAUAAAUCUUCCUGCAGGUCUUUUGCAGUCAAACAGGGGUUUGAUUUGCCUUUCUAACAAUCCUACGAGCAGCUCUCUCUGAAAGUUUUUAACUUGACCUCCACCCAGUUCUUUUAGUUUUCAGAGUGCUAGGCAGCUGUUUAGAGGAGCCCAUGGCUGCUGAUUGUUGGGACAAGGUUUCAGGAGUCAGAGUAUUUAUAAAGCUUUGAAAUCUGCAUCAGCUGGCCUUUUCUAAUGUUGACUGUGAACAAGCCAGAGCCCUAACAAGCUCAUUAAGUUCUGGGAAAAGUUGUCUGAGAGCUCAGAUGUCUUGGGGUGCCC